AUGAGAUUCUGGUAUCAUAUUCAGCCAUACAUCGAUAUAUUAAACAUUGCACUUGCAAGAAUUAUACUCGCCAUAUUAGAUGCUGCCUCGAUUACUAGCACAGCUUGGAGGUUGUUUUCAUCCCCUCUGGAUAUAGAAGAUUUUAUCUCCAAGGCAGCCACGUACAGUCAGGACCUGCUGUCGGCAAAGAGCUCGUCGUUAGUUGAGGAGUUCCUCUAUAGUAAUCAUUUUAUCGUAACAGAUUUCUACCUGCUAUGUGCAAAAUUCUUACUUCAGUCUGACACUAGUAGGCGUUCCAUGCUUCUAACAUUUUACCCUUCCUUAUGCGUUUACACUAUCAUAAGGGUUGCUAUAGGCUAUAGUCCAGGUCAAGCGGAUUUCAAAAGAAUAGUUGAUGCAACUAUGGGCCUGAUGUAUUCAAGGCUAUUAGCCGGCGAGAUAUACACUGAAGACAUUGACAAAAGGAUUGCAGCGGAAAAGAUAUCCACUUUGUUAGACAGCAUUUUAAGCGCCAUAGGUGUCUUCCCGCCGGGUGUCAACGGUCUCGAGCAUUGCCUUGUGCCCAACAACACCUUCGUAAGAGCUAUAAGCUCUGCGGAUUUACUGUUUAUACGUAAUUUCAAAGUCUCUGAGGAAGUCGAGCACUUCAAAACACUGGUCAGCACAAGUGUGACCAUAGAGGAAUUUAUAGAGGCUUAUCAGGCUAUGUGCAUCCCGCGCAGUUAUAUAGGACGUUCACUACUUAAGAGUGCAUACGCUGAACGAAUACAUUGGCUUGGCAACGUGAAUUCUGGAUGUAUGCAAGAAGAGCCACACAGUGUUCAAACUUACUCUAUACAAGAUAGCAAACCUCUAUUUAUGUCUGAUGAACCUUGUUGGCCAUGCUACAGAGCAAGUAAGCGUGGAGACUACGGCCGUACAGCCAUGUCCAAAAACACAGCAAUGUCACAUCAAUCCAGCGGUGUCAGUGGUUUCAACGGUACCAUAGGUUUUCCCGUUGUUAAUGUUAAGUUGCAUUUUACCCAGGUGUCCGUCACUUCUCGUAUUAAUGGUCAUAUGGCAUCAGAAAGGCUGGAAUUUCUUGAAAAGGAAAACCGCUUCAUAAGGAAACACGACUGGCGGGCUGGAGCGGCUAUGCUAAUGCUGCUUAUCGCCCUGUUUCUGCCUCUAAUUCUAGGGCUACAUUACAUUGAUGUACUCAGCAGAAAUCAGAUAGACUUGACGUCGCUUAUGUCACUAUCACUUUUUGUAUCUGCUGGGAUUAUAGCUGCCUAUAAGGAAGUCGUCCUGACUGGUUCUACUUGGCUAGACUUACUGAUGUUGAGUACCACAGUUAUGACGCUUGUAACUACAAACCCCAAGCACGACAAUGUGACAGCUGCUCUCACGUACGCUCUAGAUACCGGCAAGGACUGCAGCACGUUAUUGAGUAGUGAGGGUACAUGUGCAUUACUCGAUGUUAAUACAAAUAUCGGAGCUAUCGUACCAAGGGGUCUGACUUAUGGACAGGCUGCGCACUUGGGGUAUAUCAUAGCAGGAGGUGCUAGGCACAACAGCCAAGCAACACUUGCUGUUGUAAAGCUCUUAACGUGGCAGGUAAACGACCCACUAGCACAAAGUAUGUGCAUAAUAUUAGAAGCAGAGAUGCGCAAAGGAGACCUAUAUAGUCAUUUAACACAGCAUGACUCUGGCCAAAACAUCAUAGUCAGUGGUUUCGAUUCAUCCACAAUUUAUGGCAUGCCAUAG